AUGGAGCAGAACACCCUCAAGAGACGAGGCGUCGGCCUGACUGGAGUAGACAAGCAACGAUCUUUCGGAGGCUUUACUCUCUUCUGCCCUCUCACCAGUGACACAGCCCAUCUGGUAGACAUCGAUGGGAAUGAGGUUCAUUCUUGGAAGCUCCCAGGCAGAAUCGGCCGUCACGCAAGACUUCUACCGAACGGAAAUCUCGCAGUCAACACACUUCGACCGGCCCCGAAAGAAACAACCGCUGAUGGAUGGCCGUUUCCGUUUCUAUUCUUCAACAAAUAUGGCGGAGGAGUGAUGUCUGAGCUCGAUCCGGAGGGUAACAUCGUUCGCCAAUUCACCGAUCCCCUAGGCCAUCAUGAUCAGUAUCAUUACGGCGAUGGUCGGAUCCUAUAUACCUCUCUCGAAGCUCUGUCGCCAGAAGACUCAGCCAAGGUCAUCGGCGGUGUUCCAGGCACCGAGGUUGAUGGAAUCACCUACGCAGAUACAAUCAAGGAAGUUGAUGAAGCUGGAAAUUUACUUUGGGAAUGGAAGGUAUCUGAGCGACUACCCAGAGAGGAAUAUCCUCUUCAGCCUCACUACACACGUGAACACUAUCCUCUGAUCAACUCGGUUCUACCACUGCGAGACGAAAAACACAUCCUCGCGUCAAUGCGCUCCGUUUCAGCCGUCGUCAUUAUUGAAAGGUCCACCGGCAAUAUUGUGUGGAAGAUUGGGUCUGAGGUCCUUGCACAACAGCAUAACGCUACAGAGUUGGAGAAUGGAAAUAUUCUCAUCUUCGACAACGGUGCGUUCCGCAAUGGUGAAUCUAUCACCUACACUCGAGCAAUCGAGGUUGAUCGAGCGACCAAAAAUAUCGUCUGGGAGUAUCGCGACCGCUCACAGAUGCUAUACUUCUUUACGCCAUUUAUGGGAAGUGCCCAGAGACUUGCGAAUGGCAAUACUCUUUUGUGCGAAAGUGCUUUUGGCCGUCUGUUCGAAGUCACUCAAGAUGGGUAUAUCUGCUGGGAGUAUGUUAACCCUCACUUUGCCCCAUACCCCGAUAAUGUCACUGCGGAUAUCUUUCCAGGGGAAUCAAAUGCUCUGUUCCGGGCAUAUCGAUACUCACUGGAGGAGAUACCUUGGUUGAAGCGGUAG